GUUGGAAAAGAGAAAGAGGGAAGUAGAAACACACUGGUGGACAGUACUUUACAGUAUGGUAGUAUUUCGGACAAAUAUCUCCUGCUAAUGAAUAAUAACCCGGCUGUUUCUUCUUGGAGCACUCUGAUAGGAUGGCAUCACAGGAGGGGGAUGAGCUGCCUCCAAACGGGGGCCAAUCAGAUAGCCGUCUAAAGAGCAAGAAGCCACCGAGCCUGGUAAUAAUGAUACCUCCACCUGAGGAGACGAUGUCCCAUGACCCUGCAAAACAGCCUCUCCGGCCGUCUCUGAAAAAAAGUGUGAGUCGCCAAGCAGCCGGGUCUGCGUCAGAGAGCAUCGGUGGAGCUGGAGAUGGAAGCUCUUCAGCCAGGGACAGGAGGUCAAAGUUUGGAAGACAAACUUCGCUCUCACAAAGCAUUCGCAAGAAUACGGCCGAGUGGUUUGGGGUGGGAGAAGACUGUGAGACCAAACAGCAGAUAUGGCACAGGAAGAGCCUGCGCCACUGCAGCCAACGCUACGGCAAGCUGAAGGCCCAAUAUAGAGAGCCUGACACGGCCACAAGCAUCGACCAGGGCCUGGACUCCCCAGCCGCACUCAAGUUGCCCAAGAUUGUGGAUCCCCUGGCACGGGGACGAGCCUUCCGUUGUCAAGAUGAGGUGGACAAUCGCUCCCCCAGGACGCCCCUCACCACCCAUGGGGCUCCCGUCACGCCAGGGGUCACCUCACUCAGCUCCUUCACCAGCCAGCGCUCCGGGUACAGUCGCUUCCCCAGACGUAAGAGGGAGUCCGUCGCCCGCAUGAGCAUCCGAGCUGCGUCCAACCUGCUGAGGGGUCGUAGUGGCUUGGCAGGCUCCCAGACAGGUCGCAGUUUCCCCAGGAGGAGCUUUGUCAGGCCCAGCUGGAUGGACGAGGACACUGUGGACUCUGCAGAUACGUCUGAGUCGCUCUUCUUCAGCAAGGUCGAUGCCCAUGAUGAGUUGUACUCUAUGGCUGAUGAUGUAUUUGAGUCACCUCCCAUGUCUGCCUCUUUUGCUCCCUGUGACCAGCCUGAUCAUGGGUUUCCAAGCCUUAAGGACAUUUCUCGAACACUCAGGACACCAACAGUAUUACCUGAGAAAAGUCAUCCUCGCCGCGGUCGUCGUAUCGCCUCCCAAGUGAAGCACUUUGCAUUCGACAAACAGAAGCGUCAGUAUGGCAUGGGCGUUGUGGGGAAGUGGCUGAACCGGCACUAUCGACGCAGUCUCAGCAGCAACGUCCAGAAACAGUUGGAUGACUUCCACAGCCACAGGCCCUACUUCACCUACUGGAUCACUUUUGUCCACAUAGUCAUCACUUUGCUGGCCUGUUGUACAUAUGGUUUUGCCCCUGUGGGGUUUGCACAACAUUCUACGACUGAACUGGUGCUCAAGAACAAAGGCAUUUAUGAGAGUGUCAAGUUUAUCCAACAGCAGAACUUCUGGAUCGGACCUAGUUCUGAGGAUCUGAUCCACCUUGGGGCCAAGUUCUCGCCAUGCAUCCGUCAGGACACACAGAUAGUCCAACUGAUCCAGAAGGCCAAAGACCUGGAGAGAGAAUCUGGCUGCUGCGUUCAGAAUGACAACUCUGGAUGUGUGCAGACCCACAGCAAAGACUGCUCUGAGACACUGGCCACCUUUAUGAAAUGGAACAAAGAGCCUGUGGGUACGACCUUCAGGUCUUCUGGCUCUGUCUGUCACCAGGAUCCCAGAGUGUGUCAAGAGCCCGCCUCUUUAGAGCCUCACACGUGGGCAGAUGACAUCACCCAGUGGCCGGUGUGUACACUUCCCAAGGCGUGGAACCACACAGGCUACAGACACAUGGACUGUAACAUUAAGGGCCGGCCUUGCUGCAUAGGAACUAAGGGCAGAUGUGAGAUCACGACCAGAGAAUAUUGCUCUUUCAUGCAUGGUUACUUCCACGAGGAAGCCACACUGUGCUCACAGGUUGACUGUCUAGAUGAUGUGUGCGGUUUGUUGCCUUUCCUGAACCCCGAUGUUCCUGAUCAGUUCUACCGUCUCUGGCUCUCUCUCUUCCUCCAUGCUGGACUGUUACACUGCGUGGUGUCAGUGGUGUUCCAGAUGACCAUACUUAGAGACCUGGAGAAGCUGGCAGGUUGGGUCCGCAUCUCCAUCAUUUACAUCCUCAGUGGCAUCACAGGAAACCUCGCCUCUGCCUUAUUCCUCCCCUACAGAGCCGAGGUGGGUCCUGCAGGGUCUCAGUUUGGACUCCUCGCUUGCCUGUUUGUUGAGCUGUUUCAAGGCUGGCAGAUUCUGGAGAAACCCUGGAAGGCAUUUCUCAAACUAUUGGGCAUUGUCCUCUUCCUCUUCAUGUGCGGCCUCCUGCCGUGGAUCGACAACAUUGCCCACAUCUUUGGUUUCCUAAGUGGCUUGCUGCUCUCCUUUUCCUUCCUGCCCUACGUCACGUUUGGCAAUUUUGACAAGUACCGGAAACGUAUCCUCAUCGCCGUCUCACUGAUCGCCUACAUCGGACUGUUCUCUUCCCUCAUCGUUUGGUUUUAUAUCUACCCUAUUAACUGGCACUGGCUGGAGCAUCUCACCUGCCUGCCAUUCACUAACAAGUUUUGUGAAAAGUAUGACAUAGACCACAACAUUGAUGAUGUGGUGCACUAGUUACUAGGCAGCUGAUGACCACAACCUCUGUGCUGCUGAUCCAGUAGCUUCUAGCCAUUGACUAAAUUAGUUAUUUCCAGGCCAGCUCUCAGUGGCCUGAAGAAUGUGACAAUCAUGUUUCUUUUAUUACUCUCAUCAAAGGAAUGAAUCAGAGUCCAUGUGUUUGAACUGGAUCAGUCUCUUCUCAGCCUCUGAUUCGCAUACCUCCAUACAACUUUAAUCCACCAUUUUAUUUGUCAGUCAAGUCUGUCACUACUUAUACUAACUUGCUACUGGUCUAGCAGAUCCUCACAAAUAAAGGAAAGGAAUAGAUACUUGGGACGUCAAACCUCCGUAGAGCUGUGUGGAAGAUCUACAGAGUGAGAGUCUGAUUCCUUCAGUUCAUGAAAAGUCACAUCAAAGUAAAGAUGCCAAAUGAAAGAAGAAGCGCGUGUCUUUUGCCCACAAUCACUAUUCCCUUUAACUCCAUGUUACAUCAAGAGGAAGACUGACGCCAUAGUGAGUCAUCAGGUAUCUCGUAGCCCCAAGGAUUCAGAGACAUCAGAUGCCACCUUUUUUCAUUUUCAUUAACACUACAGAUGCUGUCAUGAAAUACUUUCAGAGUUAAAAGCUGUUUUUUAAAAAUGUUUGCUCUUUUUUAUGUAAGCACUCAGCAUGUCAAUAUUCUUUGGAGCGGUGAAACGUUAUGCUAAAGUUAACAAGAAGUUAUAAGUAUUUGCUGUGCACCUGAAUUACAAAUAUCUUGAAAGAGAAACAGUGGUCGUCUAAGGCAAAAACAUUACAUCUAAAACCACUCUCUGCCUUAAACAGACUAGGCCAUUUAACAAAGCUGCGUCAUUGUUCCUUUUGGUAUCUAGCUUGUGAUCAACUCGCUGAAUGAUACUAAAUACAUUUCUGACCCUAACUUACCAAAGCAAUGCCAAAAGCUACUUAUACUGUAUCUGUAUGUUUUUUUCUGUAUUUGUCACUGCCACAAACAGUUCAACAGUUCUUAGUCAAGCUCCACUUGCUGUAGGAUGUCUCAUAUUUUUCAGAUAACACAGUGGUGCCUAAACCGUUUUGUAUAUUUACCCUGAAAUUAACUCCAGGUAUAACAGGUGUCUAUUUUUUACUGUAUUUUCUGACUUGGUGAAAGUGGUCACUUAAUCAUAAGAUGUCAUUUAUGUUUCACCUGAGCCUUAAUAUGUUUUUGAAAUAUACCACAGAAGGCUCUGUUUUUACCAUUCACGCUGGUUUCACCAAUUCAAGCAAGGAUUUUAAAAUUAUUGUUUGUCUGCAGAAAUAGGAUUUUUCUCAAACAGACAUUCAGACUAAACCUGGACGCUUUUUACAACCCCCUUUCUUUCAGUCUGUUCUUAGAGCUGAUUGCUUGGAAAAUGCUCCAUUUCCUGCGUUAAAUUGUCGCUGUUCUGGUGGGUCCCUGAUAAUGUGACAAGUGUAACAGUUCAGGCGCUGACACCUAAAAUGAAACAUUUAACACAUGGGUUGCUGACCUUAAAUGUGUUGGAUGUGGUUUGUUUUUGUUCAAGACUCUGACAUGUGUUGAUACCCAGCUGCUGGGAAAGCCUCUGUAAUGACUGUUGUGUGGAGGAUUAUAUGAGUUACCAAGUGAGUUAUGAGAUUAUGUGAGUUAGACUCUGGCUGACUCACUGGUUAUCUGGUGUUGCUGAAAACACAAGUUAUUGACAAAACAGAAUAGAUUGUAUGUUGGACAGAUGAAAUAUUUUAAUCAGUUUUAACACCAUCAUGUUUAGAUUGUAAAGGUCGUCUGUUUCAAGUCAUAGGACUCUGCCCUCUUACAGUAGGUGGGCAAAGUGUAAACAAUGCCAUCCGCCUCAUUUUAGGAAACCUCUUCACUGUGCCUUUUGACAUGUGAGCAUGUGAGUGUUCAAUCUGAACCACGACAACCCAACAAUCAUGACUGCACGCAGCCGUCACACUGCUGCGUUUGCACUGGGACCAAUGAUUUAAUCUUUUCUAUGUAUUGGAAUUUAAAAAAGAAAAGGGAAAGUUUAAUAUUAAUAUCAGGUCAUAGUCAAGGUACUGUUCUGUUUUUCUUCAGUUUUAUGUGAAAAUGUAUGUCUGUUAAAGCAAUCACGUCCAAAUAAA